AUGUAUGUAAGCUAUAAAAAGAAUGAUGGUGCACAAGUUAAAGUUCCAUUAGACAACAACUGUUACUUAAACUUAUAUGGAGACGAACAAAAGAAAUAUUUUAGAGUUUAUGAAAUGGCAGAUAUGACAUUGCCUAACCCAGCUCCAGCACCAUAUUAUUAUGACUAUGGAGAUGACGACAGAACACCACAUGUAGAUGAACAAAAACUAACAUUAUAUUUAGAUUAUUAUAGAUAUAAAAGAUAUAAUGCAAUAGAAAAAACGAGAAUAGUAUAUUAUUAUACAGAUGACAGAAAUAAAUAUUAUAGUCAAGAUUUUACCUACCCUGAAAACAUAAGAUUAUAUUAUAAAAAAUAUUCCGACACAAACCAGAAGAAACCUGAAAUAGUUGCACUAUAUUUUAAGUUCAAAAGAGACAAUCCUAUAAUAUCUCAUAUGUUUGAUUUAAUGAACCCAGUAGGUUCUAUUUAUACAUCAAUGGAUGCAAGAGGUCCUCAAGUAAUGUUUGGUGUUGGUGCAUGGGAACAAAUAGUCGACAGGUUUUUGUAUUGUGCAAACUCUUCAAAGGAAACAGGUGGUUCGAAGAAAAUUAAAGAAGCAAACCUUCCACCACACACUCAUACAGGAACUACAAACUUUUCUGGCGACCAUAGACACUCAUUAAGAGACCACCCAUUAUACAACUCAGACUAUGAAGCUGGCAAUGACGUUUUAUCUCCAGAUUAUAACCAUUCAACAAAAAAGACUUUUCGACAAACUGAACCGGGAGGAAAUCAUUCACAUACUUUCACAACAAAUCCAACAGGCUCGGGUGAAGAUUAUAUGCCACCAUUUAUGACUGUAUUCGCAUGG